CAGCUCCCGUAGACACUAGCGCCAGAGUUUCCUCUAGUAAGUAUUGUGGGAAACUCUAUAGAUGACAGGGCUACGAGCGCUCUCUGUAGGUACAGUUUCCCUUCUCUAAGUGGUAGUGUAAGUGGGUUCUGUGCAACAACUGUGUUGUAAACAUCAACGUGAGACACGCGGUGUGGCCAUGCCGUCGAGAAACUGCGUUGAUGAACUUCAGAAGUUUGUCAACGGCCAUCGGGACCAGCUGGAAACAUCCGGGAUACCGCCGCACUUCUGGCCCACUUUGCACUGGAAGCUGCACGAGAGCGUGUUCGACGCUGGCGAGGUGUUUCAGAUUUUGCAGGUGCAGGAAUUCAGUGAUGGUGACUCGGCAGUUCCAGUUGAGGUCAUGGACACUGCCGAGCAGGGUGAAGAAGAAGCCAAGCACUAUUCAGUCAAGGUGGUCGUCACACGAGAGGACGGCAUCUGCUGCCAGGAUUCGGAACAUGUGUACCUGGUGGACCAUGCAUGGACCUGUCGUCCCCAGCAGGCGAGGCAGCAGCUGCGGGAGAUGCCGCGACUGCUCCACCGCAUGGCCCAACUGAUGGGGGUACUCCUGCCCCCAGACUACACCCUUGGCCAGGAGCAGCCUGAACUGGUGGAUGCCGUUUUUGAGCGCAUGUGGAGGUUCAACCAAACGUACAGCAUUGCAGGACCUCUGGCAACCACCGAGGACUCCGUCCCUGUCUGGUACGUCAUGGAUGAGUUUGGCAGCAGCAUCCAGCACGAGAGCAGCCAGCCGAGCUUCCGCUGUGUCCCCUUCUGCCAGCUGCCCCAGAGGGAGACCUACAGCGUCCUCUUCCCCAUCAGGGACAUCGCCUGCGGAGACGAGGUGACUCGUGACUACGCCGAGGGUCCCCCGUGUGACCCCCUGACUCGUGCAGCCCUGCUGCUCCCUUGGGAGCCAUGUGACAUGACACACGUGGACUGCUGCCCUCCAGCACCUAGGCUGGACUUUCUAAGUAGUGGGCGGAAAGAAGAGACUGAGCCUGACCCUGGUGCGACAGUGAGAGACGUGCCGCGAGAUCGUAAGCUGCGUGUCUACUCGGAUUACGGGCAGGUGCGGCAAUGCCUGACGCACCCGUCCUUUGAGUUGGUUGAUGAGGAGAAGGACGCCGACGUGCUAUGGCUCAACUACCACUUCAAACAGUACAGGGAACUGAGCUGUGAGAGCCCCAGCAAGCGGGUGAACCAGUUUCCCUUUGAGCAUGUUCUCACGGUCAAGGACCUGCUGGCCCUGGUGUGUCGCCGGGGCUGCUGCAGCCAGGAGCCCCUGGUGGACGCCGACAGCCUGAGCAGUCAGCCCCCGUGGCUGCCCACCACCUACAACCUGCAGACCGAGCUGCCUCACUUCGUCUCCUACUACCAACAGAGGCAGAAGAGAGGCCUGGACAAUGUGUGGAUCUGUAAACCCUGGAACUUAGCUCGGAGCUUGGACACCCACGUGACGGAUAACCUGAACUACAUCUUGCGUCUACCAGCCACAGGUCCUAAGGUGGCGUGCAAGUAUGUUUCGGACCCUGUGCUUUUUCCCCUGGAGGGCGUGGGCCUGGCAAAGUUUGACUUCCGCUACGUCGUCGUCCUGCUCGGCGUGAGGCCCCUGCGCCUCUAUGCCUACCGCCAUUUCUGGCUUCGCUUUGCCAACAAGCCUUUCACAUUGAGUGACUUUGAUGACUACCAGAAGCAUUUCACCGUGAUGAACUACACUGCAUCUGGACCACAGCAGACCACGUGUGCACAGUUCUUGGAAUGCUUUGAUGAGCACUACAGCUCACAGCCCUGGCACAAGGUUGAGGCCGAGGUGUUUCAAGUGCUGAGGCAAGUGUUCGAGCUGGCAUGCGCCGAACCGCCACCGGCUGGUGUGGCACACAGUCCGCAGUCACGUGCCAUGUAUGCUGUGGAUCUCAUGCUAGAGUGGGACCGCUCCCAGGUACAGGCAGAACACCCGCACAUGCAGCCCAAGCUGCUGGAAGUGAACUGGGCACCGGACUGCCAGCGUGCAUGCCAGUUUUACCCAGACUUCUUCAACGACGUGUUUGCCGCCAUGUUUCUCGACGAAGCAGACUCCAAUCCAAAUUUUGUGCCUCUCUGACAUGUUGCCCCAACUGUGCUCGUGAGUCCCAUCAAGAUACCUCACAGACCUGCUCUUUCCUCAGCAGCCAGUGUUGACACAGGAAGGGCUGGCUCACUUCGGACACAAUGCUCAACAUUUGGGACAGGGAAAAAUUAUGAUAGAGCUAAAAGGAAGACACUGACUAUGAAAAAAAAGCGACUAACAAAUUUUUGGUAUCUUUAUUUAUGGUUCGUGUUUUACUUUUAAUUUUAUAAGGUUACCAGGUGGCUUCUGUCAAAGGCUAGACUUUAGGGCGAAAUCGUGGCUGUUGUAAGGUGCCCGUCAUUGUGACUUGGUGAGAAACUCGUUGCCACCACCAUCGCAGGGCGGCUUUUUAGUGUGCUUGUAUGAAUGCCAAUUGGUAUGAAUACCAAUUAUCAUAUGUGCAUAGUAUAGGGCUGUAACAGCUGUUCAAUCUUGGUAUACAACUAACACAUGCAUAAUAAAUAUUUCGAUAUGACACAGUAAAUUUACGAUGCCUCUUGGUGAUGUCACUUUAUUUAAGACAUAUGUUUAACAUCACAUGUGGCAACGAUGCCUCUUUGUUGGAUGUGACCGCAUGUGGCAACCCCUGAGAAAGAAGGAUGUGGACGUUGAUGCAAGGAGCUGUAUGACAGAUAUGCUUACAUUAAUAUUUUAAAAAAUAUUGGUGUGUUUGAGUUUUCUUUGAAUUUAAAUAACUGAAAUUUCAUAGUAUUAGAAAUGAACGAAUAAAUGUGUAUUAAUCUGCAUGUAA